AUGAAGGACGUGACGAAGAUGGAGCGCAUCGGCCCCCACUCGCACAUCCACGGCCUCGGCCUCGACGCCAACCUGGAGCCUCGCGGCAACUCACAGGGAAUGAUCGGACAAGGCAAGGCGCGCAAGGCUGCCGGUGUCAUCCUCAAGAUGGUCCAAGAGGGCCGCAUUGCGGGUCGCGCUAUUUUGAUCGCCGGCCCUCCUUCUACCGGCAAGACUGCCAUUGCCAUGGGUAUGGCUCAGACUCUUGGCUCGGAUGUUCCCUUUGUCAACCUCGUUGGCUCGGAGGUCUUCUCACUCGAGAUGUCCAAGACCGAGGCUCUUACUCAGGCCUUCCGCCGUGCCAUUGGUGUGCGCAUCAAGGAGGAGACGGAGCUCAUUGAGGGCGAGGUCGUUGAGAUCCAGGUUGACCGCAGUGUCACUGGCGCUACCAAGACUGGCCGCUUGACGCUCAAGACGACCGACAUGGAGACGGUGUACGACCUUGGUUCGAAGAUGAUCGACCAGCUGCAAAAGGAGAAGGUGCUUGCCGGUGACGUUAUCAGCAUCGACAAGACCAGCGGAAGGAUAUCAAAGUUGGGCCGCAGCUUUGGUAGGGCAAAGGACUAUGACGCCAUGGGUGCCGACACUCGCUUCGUUGCGUGCCCGGAUGGAGAGCUGCAGACGCGCAAGGAGGUGGUCCACACCGUCUCGCUGCACGAGAUCGACGUCAUCAACUCGAGGACGCAAGGCUUCCUUGCCCUGUUCGCGGGCGACACGGGCGAGAUCAAGCCCGAGCUGCGUGACCAGAUCAAUGAGAAGGUCGCCGAGUGGCGUGAGGAGGGCAAGGCCGAGAUUGUCCCUGGUGUCCUCUUCAUUGACGAGGUGCACAUGCUGGACAUUGAGUGUUUCUCCUUCCUGAACCGCGCGCUGGAAAGCGAGAUGGCUCCCUUGGUCGUCAUGGCCUCCAACCGUGGCAUCACCCGGAUACGCGGCACCAAGUACAAGUCGCCCCACGGUAUCCCUGGCGACCUUCUCGACCGCAUGCUCAUCAUCAGCACCUCCAAGUACUCGGAGGACGAGAUCAAGGAGAUUGUCAAGAUCCGCGGCGACGAGGAGGACGUCAAGCUGGGUCCCGAUUCGCUCGAGUUGCUCGCCACGAUGGGCGGCCAGACCUCGCUGCGUUACGCCCUCAACCUCAUUGCUCCAUCGCAGCAGAUUGCCAUCCGCCGCAAGAACACGCAGGUCGAGGUGGACGACAUUCGUCUCGCCUACAAGUACUUCCUUGACGUGGACCGCUCGGCCUCGUACGCACGUGAGACUAGCGGCAUGAUGUUUGGCGAGGAGGAGGAUGUGGUCACUGUGACGACCGCGCAGAACGGGAGCAUGGCGAUGGACACGUCGGCGUAG